AUGCCUUCAAUGGUUCCUGUGCCAGCCAUAGCCUCUGUAAUAUGUUCCAUGAAGAGCUCAGUUCAAACCGUCCUUGCCAUCCCUGAGCUUCUAGAACUUAUCCUCCUUCAACUACCAUUCCUCGAUCUUGUUCGAGCUCAAAUGAUCAGUCAGAGCUUUUACAACGUUAUAGACUCCUCAAACUUACUUCAACAAACUUUGUUCUUCCGUGCAUCGCCAGCUACAUCAUUUCCACGGCCUAAUCCUCUCCUCCAGCCUUGUCACAACGCGCAGUUCCUAGACCUACGAUCAACUCAUAAACAAUGCAGAUAUCUGCAUAAUCCGCGCGGUCGUAGAAUGGCAGAUUGGAGCAAAUGGCCAGCUAUAGAGUAUCAUCAAGGUUUCAGAUUAGAAGUCAAACCUGCAAAUGAGGCAGUCAGAAGAAAAGAGGCUACUUAG